UGCACUGAUCUCACCGCUCCCAAUGCUGUCCGUGGAACAUGAAGAAGAGACGUGAACCACGAUUUUUUAUUAAAGUCGGCUUCAGGAAGAUAACCAAAAUGGAUACGUGCAGUUUGUGUAAGAAUAAGUAUUCCAAACUAUUUAAUCCCAAGGAAAGAGUACUAGGCACACAAUUGUCUAGUAUAAUAAACUUUAUAAUUGGUGAUCAUGUUGAGUUCCCUCCAAAAUACCUUAUCUGCGCCGGCUGUUCGGCGGGUCUUAUAAAAACAGAAAUUGUUUUAGAACGUCUCUCAAAAUCCUUGCCUAGCACAAGAAAAAUUCAGAAAGGCCGUUUAAAUAUCGCCUCAUCACACAACGAACAGGAAGAAAGCAAUGAUGAACCGGAUGACCAAAGUAAUGAAGAAGCGAAUGAAGAAGUUGACAGUUCAAAAACAAAAGAUGCCUCCAAACGGAAUGACUCCUGGACGUUUCAUUGUACGCACUGUGAGUUGACAACAAAAAAACCCAAAAUUUACAAAAGGCACCUUCUUAAUAAGCAUAAGGUAGAUAACCCACGAAUCUAUCAGUGCAUGCAUUGCCAAGAAACAUAUCAGCGCAUCAAUGGUAUACAAAAUCACAUUGCAUGUGUUCAUAACAAUAAACCGCGCCCGAAACGCCAGCGACGUAAAACCAUUGCCUUUGAUGCUCCGUCUGUACUAAGCAGCACGACCAUCCAAAAUCAACUGGACAAUGAGAUUUCAAUUGUUAACACUACUAACGAGCACAGCCAAGCUGAUGACCCGAAUGCAUCUUUUGAAUUCGAGUGCACACACUGUAAAUAUAAAACAGUGCAUGCUAAAAUGUACAAAAGACACAUGAAAAGCAAGCAUAAAAUUGAGGAUUCGCGGAUUUUUAAGUGUAAGCGUUGCGCCAGCACAUAUGCACGGCAAUCUGCAUUACAAAAUCAUAUUGCUUAUGAGCAUGAAAAUAAGCCCAAACAGAAACUGCAAACACGCAAGUCUGUUGCGGCAGCAAAUUUGAAAGCGUCCAGAACGGGAGACAAAGAAGACUUCAUAGCCAUAAAAGUAGAGCAAGAAGAACCAGAAUUAGAAAAAGGCCAAGAAGAAGAUUGUGAAGGAUACGGUGAACAGGAAAUGAAUGGUUCAAUUAUCAGCAUUGCCGAUGAAAAACAGAACCAGCAAGACCUUGUUUUUCAAACGCCCUCAAAGAGGAAACGUAAUGAUUUGAGCUCAAGUGAAACGUCCACCGUUGAGUGGAUUUUCCAAUGUUCUUUUUGCGAUUUUGAAAGCAUAAAGAGAAAAAUAUAUAAAGCACACAUGAUCAGUCAGCAUGGUGUAAUCGAUAGCGAUAUUUACAAAUGUCUUUACUGUUCAGCUGCAUACGAGCGCUAUAGCUUACUACAGAGCCACGUAUCAAAUAAACAUAGUCACUACGAUUUGAAUACAGUGAGUGAUUCGCCAGCCAUACAUUCAGACUCGGGUGAAGAUCAAGAUCAAUCAGCUAAGAAACGACGAGUUGAAGAAACACCAAAAAAGUCUAAGCAAUCAAAGCAUAUAGAGUCCAGGGAAGAAGAGCCGGCAAAUGUCCGAAUUCUCAAUGGCGAGAAAUCCCAACAAAAAGAGAUUUGCGUUGUCUGCGGUAAAGCAUUUUCGAUGGUAGAUAAGUUACGCGAACAUAUGGAUAAGCAGCAUCGCGGCGAUCAUGUAAAAAAUUGCCCCAAAUGUGAUGCACAAUUCCGGUCAGUGGAAAAAUAUGAGGCUCAUAUGUUUAGUGAGAAGUGUUUCGACAACAAGCUAGCAUGCCAAUAUCCCAGCUGUACGAAACGUUUUAGCAAACGAUCGAAAAUGCAACAACAUAUGCAUGAAAAACAUCCAGAAGUGAUGAGCUUGAAUGGUAAUUGAGAUACUUUCUAAAAUUUUUAUUUUGUAGGCAUUAUCGGGUAGCUUAUUUUUCAUUAGCAAAAUUUGGAUAUUAAGUUGUUUGAAUAUCUAUUUAAUAGUUUUUUGAUAAAUACAUUUUACGAAAAGAAUCAAGUAUAAAAGGAAAAGUUUUUUAUAACAGCUCAAAUUAUUAGAAACUAAAACAAUCUUCCGAUGGCGCCAUGAAGUCUUCCAACAUAACAUUUUGUUUAAACUUUUCGUAUCGAUAAGUUGUUACUCGCUGACGGAUCUGUCGAUUUCCAUUUUUGAAAUAGAUCCUAACGAAAAUAUGUGUAUAUGUACAUACAUUUGUAUGAACACCUACUAUAUAGUACAUCCUAUUAGAAAUUAGAGAAAUAAAGCGAAUACUUUGUUCCAA